UUAGUGACCCCCUCCCCCUCCCCCUCGCCACCACACUUUACACACAUACGCCAUCCCGCUGAGACUGCGUAUGAUGCUUUCUCUGAGCCCGGGUUUUCCGUCUGAAGUGAAGACCUACGAAGAUGAAUGAGACAGGAGCUAUCCGAAAUGAAAAUAUUGAAUCAUUAUGCAGAUGAAGACGCGGCGAUGCACAGUGCAUGUAACUAUACAAUCGGCGACACACACGCGUCCAUUUAUAUGCCUUCCCUGUUAGCGCAUAGUGCUAACUCGCAAUUUUCAAGAAGAGUAACCACAAUAUUCUUGACAGUGUUUGAAAAACGGCGUUUCAUAUAUUUCUGCGCUUUAGGAAAGAAGGACAUGCCCCAAAUUGUGAGGAUGCGUUAAGAAACGCAGGAACAUUAUUCAAUCAGUAGUUCAGAAUACAAUAAAACGAGGAAUCUGGGUCAGUUUAAUUCCUCUGCAUCACUAAGGACUAUGGCUCCGUUGCAAGCAGCAAUUGUUAUUCUUCUACAAUUGAUGCUCCACCAGGCCGCGGGUCGCGAGGUCCUCCUGCCCUUGGGCACCCUGUACCGCGUAGCGGGCUUCCCGCUCUCCCUGCCCUGCGCGGUGACGGGCUACGAGGGCGCCCGCACGCAGGACUUUGAGUGGUUCCUGUACAGGGAGGACGCCAACGGGAGGCAGAUGGGCAUCGUGUCCACCCGGGACCAGGGCUUCCCCUACGCCCCCUACCAGGGCCGGGUGCGCAGCGGCGAGGUGAGGGUGGAGCGCGACUCGGGGGACAAAGCCCGGCUGGUGGUGCAGCGUCUGCGGCCCGAAGACCAGGGGAAGUACGAGUGCUACACGCCCAGCACGGACACCUCCUACCAGGGGAACUACAGCGCUUCAGUGGUCGUCAAAGUGAUCCCAGACACACUCCAGAUCAGCUAUACCCGCGCGCUGACCGGACAGCCCCUGCCGGAGGGGGCGGGGCUUACCUUGACGUGUUCGGCCGGCGUUCAAUCCAAGGAGCACACCCACCUGUCCAUCAUGUUCGGGAAACGCGGCGGCGAUUCGGGAGGCGGGGAAGGGGGCGACGUCAGCACCCUCCGAGAGAUCAUCGCCCUGGACCGGGUGCUGGGUGUCACGCCCGGGUCCAGCCAGGCCUACAGGAAGCGCUACGAGGACGGCGAGAUCACGCUGGAGAAGAGGAACGGCGCCGCCGGCGUGGACACGUACGUGGUGCGGAUGCGCGCGGUGAAGCCCGAGGACUCUGGGUCGUACUUCUGCGAGGCGGCGCAGUGGAUCCUGGACCCCGACGGCUCUUGGCAGAGGAUCGCACAGAGGACCUUGGAGAUCGGCAACCUGACCGUCCAGCGGCUCUCCGAGUCCAUGACUGUGACGUCCACUCCCAGCGGCCGGGUCAGCCUGCAGGCUGGAUCUCCGCUCACCCUCACCUGCCAGGUGUCCGGGCUGCCCGGCGGAGGGACCUCCGGCCUGCUGGUCCAGUGGCUGAAGAGGGGCUCUCUCCCUGGCGACGCUGUUGCUGCUGGAGCUGGAGGAGUGGAGGUGGAGGUGGCGCGCAUGGGCCCGGACGGGGUGGUCAGCUGGGGCGACGACCUGAGCCGGGGCACCGGGGGGGCUCUGGAGCUGGUGACGGAGGGCAGCUACGCCCUGAGGCUCUUCUCCGCCCGCCCCUCCGACUCCGGCGUGUACCGCUGCGCCGUGAGCGUCUACGCCGGCCGCAAGAACCCCGCCCCCUCGGCGCCCGCCACCUUCUCUCAGAGGUCCGAGGGCGUCAGCGUCAACCUCAAGACCAAAGAAGUGCUGGUGUCGGCCGUGGCCCAGCUCCCGCGCGGCCCGCUGCUGAAACGCGGCAGCACAGUCACCCUCCUCUGCAACGUUACCGUGACGACCACGGGCCCCGCCCAGGUGCAGGUCCUGUGGCUGCGGCGGCCGAUCCCGGAGCCGCUCAUCACCAAAGGGGACCCGGCGGAGGCCGCCGCCCUGCUCCCCGCGGGGCCCCCCAGCGCGGUGGCCGCCCUGACGUACGAGGGCAUGGCCCAGCUCUUCACCAACGGCAGUGAGGUGAGCGUGGACCGCGUGUCCGCCGUCACCUACAGGCUGAGGGUCCACGCCGCAUCACUGGAGGACCAGGGGCUGUACGUGUGCCGGGCGGAGGUGUGGGGGCAGGACCCCCACGGAGGGUGGUACAACACCCAGGCUAAAGACGAGUCGCCCGCCGUCACGGUGUACCUGUAUGCCCGAGCGGCUGAUCUUCUACUGAUACCACUGGUAAUCGGAGUGUCGUCUGCCCUGUUUGUGGGCAUCGUCAUCAUCUCCACGAUAACCUGCUGUUUCAUGAAUCGACUCGCCCGGCAGCGGCCUGUGAAAUAGGUGACGCAUACGACUGCCUGAGCAAAAAAAACACGAUGCCCCAAGACUUUUUGGCUCCUGUGGGUGCAAAGGAAAGUGAUGCAAGGGACACAUUGUGUAUAGGAUGACAAAGACAUUUUUGAGAAUUUAUUGAAUUUGUGGAAAUAGUGAAUGGCUUCAUGUGGCGCUGUCAGGUGAACAAGGUACUAAUUGCAUGGAAAGAAAAACAAUUAUCAAUGGAUAAAGACAACAAGAAAACGCACAAAAGUCAAAAGUAUAAACAGGUUGAUUUCUGCUUACACAUGCUAAACAGUGACUGGAAAAAUAUUGGGUGUCAGGGAUCUUGCUGUCUUGAAAAAUUACAAUUUUCACAUUAUUGGUGUUUUUUCUCUGAGCUGUUGAUAUUGAAUGUGAACCGCAUGUUAUUUCAGGACAGUACCAACAUGUCUGAAUGGUACUUGGGUGCAUUUAAUCCGCCCGCUCAGCCCCUGGCAGACAGUUGCAUGGAGGCUAAUGCGAGCAGGACAGCUUUCUUGAAAGCCUGGUCAGGACAGGGACAUUCCGCUGCCAGCAGUGCGCUGCAUACAAACACAGGCUUAGGUCUGACUGAAUAACGAAGGAGCUGUCCAGAGAGUCACUCGAAUCUGAACGCCACUCGAAUGACGAUUUUGUGAAAAAACAUUCCCUGCCACUAGGGCCAAAGGCUGUAGUUCAUUUCCUUUACUUGCUUGUUAGUUUUAUGAAAUGCAUAUGAUGCACUGCUGUGAGAUAUUGAAAUACAGGUGUUUAUUUUUCAUGUACAAAACUCGAGACCCUACACUGAAGUUGCCAUAAUAUUUUCUCAGAAGAGGUUUUAAUGUUCUUAACUUUCACAGCACUUUGACCAAAUUUGGACACAUGCCAUGUCUCUUGUUCUUGUGAAGUGACUGAGACGGAGCAAAAAAAAAAAGAAGGAAAUGCAGUGAAACUGAGUUCCGGAGCUUAGUACUAAACAGAUAAGAGCGUUAGUGUUUU